AGGCGUCGUGGCCCAGCCCGCCCCGCCUUAGCUCCCGCGCUAGAGAGAAACAUGUAUCGUUUCCGAUCACAGCUCUUCACGGGGAUUUCUGCUGCUGCCACCGCCCGCUCGUACCCCCGCCGCUUCUCGCCUCUGUUGUUAGCUGAAGACUCGCCUCUUAGCCGCCCGCCGCACAGACGCACGAGUAAAAAGUGCAGCUCCAUCGGCUGAUCCUCGCUAAGCUCCGAGUUUAGGCGGCACCGGGCGUCCCACGAUGCCGAAGAAUAAGAAGCGGAACACUCCCCACCGCGGUGGCAGUGGUGGCAGCGGCACAGGGGCAGCUGCAGCGACGGCGGCGACAGCAGGUGGCCAGCAUCGGAAUGUUCAACCUUUUAGUGAUGAGGAUGCAUCGAUUGAAACAAUGAGCCAUUGCAGUGGUUACAGCGAUCCUUCCAGUUUUGCUGAAGAUGGACCAGAAGUCCUUGAUGAGGAGGGAACUCAAGAAGACUUAGAGUACAAAUUGAAGGGAUUCAUUGAUUUGACCCUGGAUAAAAGUGCGAAGACAAGGCAAGCAGCUCUUGAAGGUAUUAAAAAUGCACUGGCUUCAAAAAUGCUUUAUGAAUUUAUUCUGGAAAGAAGAAUGACUUUGACUGACAGCAUUGAACGCUGCCUGAAAAAAGGUAAGAGUGAUGAGCAGCGUGCGGCUGCAGCAUUAGCAUCUGUUCUUUGUGUUCAGUUGGGCCCUGGAAUUGAAAGUGAAGAGGUUUUAAAAACUCUUGGACCAGUCUUAAAGAAAAUAAUUUGUGAUGGAACAGCUAGUAUCCAGGCUAGGCAAACUUGUGCAACUUGCUUUGGUGUUUGCUGUUUUAUUGCUACAGAAGACAUUACUGAGCUGUAUUCAACUCUGGAAUGUUUGGAAAGUAUCUUCACCAAGUCCUAUCUCAAAGACAAAGACACAAAUGUUAUUUGCAGCACCCCUAAUACAGUGCUUCAUAUCAGCGCUCUUCUCGCAUGGACAUUAUUAUUGACUAUAUGCCCAAUCAGUGAAGUGAAGAAAAAGCUUGAGAUGCAUUUCCAUAAACUUCCAAGCCUCCUCUCUUCUGAUGAUGUCAACAUGAGAAUAGCUGCUGGUGAAUCGUUGGCACUUAUGUUUGAAUUGGCCAGAGGGAUGGAGAGUGAUUUCUUUUACGAAGACAUGGACUCUUUGACCCAGAUGCUUAGGGCUUUGGCUACGGAUGGAAACAAGCACCGUGCCAAAGUGGACAAGAGAAAGCAGCGGUCGGUGUUCAGAGACAUCCUGAGGGCAGUGGAGGAACGGGAUUUUCCAGCAGAAACUGUUAAAUUUGGCCCUGAACGAAUGUAUAUUGAUUGCUGGGUCAAAAAACAUACCUAUGACACCUUUAAGGAAGUUCUUGGAUCAGGGAUGCAGUAUCAUUUGCAGUCAAAUGAAUUCCUUCGUAAUGUAUUUGAACUUGGACCCCCUGUGAUGCUUGAUGCCGCAACACUUAAAACGAUGAAGAUUUCUCGUUUUGAAAGGCAUUAUGUUGCCAAGGGUCAUCCAUGUUCUAACACAUACCAGCACUUCAGUCCUUUUUGGGCUGAAUAAUACUCCAUGGUGUGGAGUAUUAUUGAUUAUCCAGUCAUCCAUUGAUGGACAUUGAGCUUGUUUAACACUUUUUGGCCAUUGUGAAUAAUGCUGCUAUGAACAUUUGUAAGUUUUCAUUAGAGCACCUGUUCUUAAUUCUUUUAGGUAUAGGAAUGGAGUUGCUGGGUCAUAUGGUAGUUAUAUGUUUAAUUUUUUAGGGAACUGCCAAACCAUUUUCUGUAGGUCCUGUACCAUUUUGCAUUCCUACCAGCAGUGUAUGAGAAUUUCAACUUCUGUAUCCUUAUCAACACUUAUUAUUCUAGCUUUUUUGUUUUUGUUUUGUUUUAAAUUAUAGCCAUACUAGUGG